GCAAAGAGUCUUCCUCCGCAUCCAGUUUUGCAUCGAUUUGUGGACGCUGCGACCUUACCGGUGAUUCGAGGCGGUGUAUAUAGUGCAUCUGUACUCAGUCCGUCACGUCGCAGCUUGUCCUGUGCGAAAACGCGGCCGCGUCGCUGCGCUAGACGCAAAACAUCUUUGCUGCUCUCACAGCGCUUGCGGGCGACAGAGAGCCCGGUCGCGACGAAACUACACUAAGCGACCUCAUGCGGACCCUCCUUCUCCUAGCGCUGGCGCCGGGCGCCGCGGCCGUCGGCUGGAGUCAAUUCCGCGGCGGUCCGUACAGAGACGGCACCACAACCACGGUCGGCCCGAAGGCGAACAAUUUGUUGUGGCGCUUUUUGCUGCGCGGCACGUCGCAGGGCGCGCCGACGGUGCACCCCGACGAGUCCAUGGUUUAUGUCGGAGGCACGGACGGCUUUUACGGCGUGAACAGCGACGGCACGUUCGGAUGGUACCUUCGCAUCGAUAAAGGUGUGGUGAACAGCGCCGCGGCGGUGUCAACCAAGCACAACUUGGUGGUCUUCGGCGGCAUGAACGGCGGCAUCUACGGUGUCGACGCGAGGACCGGCCUCACGAAGUGGACUGUGUGGACGAAAGCGCAAACAAAAAGUACUUACGGUAGAAACGAACCAUACAUAUACUCCUCGCCUGUUAUUAGUAAUGACGACAUUGCGUUCGUGGGCGCCGCCGACGGCUUAUAUGCGGUGGAACUAGCCUCGGGACGGGUCAAGUGGAUCUUCGACGCGAAGGGCGAGCCCGUCUGGAGCUCGCCAGCUUUGAGCGCGGACCAGAAGACGGUCUACGUGGGCGGCAUCGACAACUUCGUCCACGCCGUCGAUAGUGAGACGGGCACGAGCAAGUGGGAGUGGGAGACGGGCGGCUUCCCCGACGACCCAGAUGAUCCUGAUGUUGAUUCAUCGCCAGCUGUCAGUCGGAGGGACGGGACCGUGUAUGUAGGUUCGUUUGACAAUAGGUUGCACGCCAUCGACGGUUCAACAGGUCAAGUGAAGUGGUCCUACCGGACGAAUGAUGAUGUUAUUAGUAGUCCGGCCGUCGCGAGAGACGGGAAGACCGUCUACAUCCCGUCGACGUCUGGCGUCGUGCACGCUGUCUCAGAUAAAGGUGAGAAGCGCUGGUCCACCGAUCUCGGGCACCCGGUCAUGGCCGAGCCCGUGUUAGACGGUGAAGGUACCUUGUAUGUUGGUAAUGACGACGGCAAGGUCUACGCCUUGGACGCGAGGAAGGGCAAGAUCCUCUGGUCGCACGACUUCGGGGAUAAAGUGAGAGGCGAGCCCGCCGUCGCGAGCGGCCGCCUGUACGUGGCGACGAUCAACGCGGACACGUUCCUCCACUGCAUCGGUGGUGAAGGAAGCUCGCACCACUCGUCCUCGAAGGACGAUAAGGACGAGGGCGGCUCGGCCUUUGGCACCGUCGUGACUUGGUUGGCUGUUAUUAUAGGCCUCGGCGUGGUCGCCUACGCCGCUCUGACCAUUGGAAAGCCGUAUCUGGAGGAGCACGGCUUCCGCCUGCCGGUCAUGCAGCAGCGCGACGGCUUCGACCGCGCGCCGGUCGACGACGGGACGUACGCGGCGCCCUUCGUCGAGCUCCAGGAGUCCAUGAUCGACGACAAGCCUACAGGGGCGGUCAUCUAGGCCCCCCAAACAAUGUGCUAAGAA